ACGGGUAUAUAAGCUCCUGGGAAUAUACGAUAAACGCGGCUUCACACUAUCUUCUCUUUCUUGAUCAUCCAAACCUCCACUUUUAACGCCUGAGGAUGGCACCAAAGAAGGCCAAGAGGAGGGCAGCGGCAGGAGACGGCGGCUCCUCCAACGUGUUCUCCAUGUUUGAGCAGAGCCAGAUUCAGGAGUACAAAGAGGCUUUCACAAUCAUUGACCAGAACAGAGACGGCAUCAUCAGCAAAGACGACCUGAGGGACGUGCUGGCCUCCAUGGGUCAACUGAACACGAAGAACGAGGAGCUGGAGGCCAUGAUCAAGGAAGCCAGCGGUCCCAUCAACUUCACCGUCUUCCUCACCAUGUUUGGAGAGAAGCUGAAGGGUGCCGACCCCGAGGACGUCAUCCUCUCUGCCUUCAAAGUCCUGGACCCAGAGGGUACUGGAACCAUCAAGAAGGAAUUCCUGCAGGAGCUCCUGACCACUCAGUGCGACAGGUUCUCCGCAGAAGAGAUUAAGAACAUGUGGGCCGCCUUCCCCCCAGAUGUGGCCGGCAACGUAGACUACAAGAACAUCUGCUACGUCAUCACACACGGAGAGGAGAAGGAGGAGUAAAGAGAAAGCCAGGAGACGAGAAAGACAGCCAUCCCUCUGCUUUCUGCCCUCCCUUCUCCCUCUCCUCCUCUCUCCUCCCGUGCACCUCCUGUGUGAACCCAUGAGCUCAGCCUCUCACGUUCAAACCAAAGACUUGUCACGUGUGAGACGGCUGGCGCCCACGGGCUGUCCAUGUUUGCUUAUGGGGAAUAACGAUGAUUUUUUAUUUCAAUAAAAUUAUCCUGUAACAUCAUUUCCAACCUCAAGCUUGCCUCAGACAACCUCUCUUUUCUGCCUGAAACUCAGCCCGUCUCCAAAUCAGCCGAGAGGAAACGACCACGAGGGCGUCAUUCUAAAGAAUGAAGACGUCCUCUUUGGUUCGAGCAGCGAGAGAAUUGUCAGGAAAUUUGAGAACAAAAUAAAAAAUAAAAAAACAACAAAGUUGCAUCCUUAAAGCGAUGACAGCGUUCCUUCCUUGAAAAGUGACAAGAGGCUGAAGGAGCGGAGAGAACGGGACGAAAGAAAACAUUCAAGUCUUCGACUUCUUUCCCUCCGCUCCUUCCUGCUUUCAAUAAAUCACCUUUUUUUUCCAUAAGCUGUCAAACUCAGUGACUAUUGCCUUUCCUCUGUAAUGAAUAAAAGGGACAAAAUGUGAAUAAAAACACUUUACUUUUUGUA